AUGGGCACCCUUGCCACCAUUGCCCUCGUCGUUUUGGGCAUUUCAUUUUUGGUGUUUGUGACAUUUUUCGGCCGUCUCCCAGCACUCAGACGCACACCUAUCGCCUGGUUGCACCGGCUGCUAUGGGUGCAUCUCCCUAAUGGCCUCACAAGCCUCGACCAGCGCCUCACCGGCGGCAGGGUGACGACCUCCUGCUCCCGUUUCGGCAACUACAUGAUGUACGACCGGCACCCGACCGUCUUGAUCUUCUUCCUCAUCCUCCUCAUCGGCGGCGAAGCCCUGUACCUCCCCAGCGCCUGGCCACAACUCAGCACCAUCCACAAAACAGCCGGCACCAUCGCCAUGAUCCUGCCCUACCUCUUCCUCUACCUCUCCGCCAGCUCCGACUCGGGCGCCAUCACGGCCGCCAACCACGUCGCCGAGAUGGCGCGGUACCCCUACGACUUCACCCUCUUCCACCCGGGCGCCACCUGCACGACGUGCCGCCGCCUCAAGCCCGCGCGCUCCAAGCACUGCGCCGUGUGCAAGCGCUGCGUCGCCCGCUGCGACCACCACUGCAUCUUUAUCAACAACUGCGUUGGCGCUGCCAACACCCACUGGUUCAUCCUGCUGCUGCUGUCCACCGCCGUGCUGACGCUCUAUGGGGGGUUGUUGGGCGUGGGCCUGAUGACGACGCAGAUGCGGCUGCGGUUUCCGGCGUGGGCGAUGCUGCCGUGGCGGGCGAACGGCGGGGAGGGGAUGCCGUUUACGCAGUGGUUGGUGGUGUGGAGCUGGGGGAUGCAGGACGCUGGGCGGGGGGCGGGGGGCGGCGUGGCGAUGGGCGCGGUCACGCUGCUGGCGCUGAUGACGAGCCCGCUGGUGUGGGCGUUGCUGGGGUAUCAUGUGUGGCUGGUGUACUGCGGGACGACGACGAACGAGUCGAUGAAGUGGUCGGAUUGGCAGGCGGAGAUGGAUGAGGGGUUGGCGUAUAAGAGGAAGAUGGAUGCUGGGAGGGUGAAAGAUAUCAGGGUCGAGCCGGCGUGGACGCGGUGGCCGGUGGAGGCGGAGCAGGUUAUGGUGAGGACAGACGAUGGGAAGCCGCCGGGGAAGGAGGGCUGGCCGGGGUUCGGCGAGUGGGAGGCUGCGUGGAGGCUGAAGGACGUAGAGAACCUCUACGAUUUGGGAUUUUGGGACAACUUGGUGGAUGUCUUCGUUCCGGGCUUUAUGUUCAGGGACCCGCACGUGCCGGUAGGAGAGGCAAGGCUGCGGCGAAAGAAGAAGAGAAGAGCGAGGAAGAUAUACAUAGCGUAG